GGCAGAAGUUAGCAAAUAACGUUUCCGGGGGUGGCGCGGGAGUUUUGAAUUGCGGCUGUUAGACUGUGGGCAUCCCUGUAGCUGGAAAGACGUAUCUCGAUGGAUGAGAGCGACAUGGUCUUCCCUUUGGCCGCGCAGCUGGACUCCUUCAAGUACUGCGAGCUGCAGAGCUUAGCCAAGAGCGUGGGCCUCCGGGCUAACCUCCGGGGAGACAAACUUUUAAAAUCAUUGAAAGAACACUUUCAACAGGAGCUCAAGAAAGAAAAUGAGAGUCAGAAGGGUAAACGUAAUAUUUCUGCUUCCGUUCAUGAGGAGAUGGAAAUGCUUGAUGGCAAUGAAGAAAAAUCUGACCAGAAAACCAUGGUUGCAUCUGUCACUUCACCCCUGGGAAGAGCCAAAGUAGGCCGAAGAAACAGCGGCUCCAAGGAUCAUUCAGAGAUGAUAGAAAGUGACCAUCCUGGGUCCCCCAGACAGAAAAAAUAUCAAAAGGAGGAUCUUUUAGCCGUCACAGAGGCCAGAAAGCCAUCCAAAGACAACCAAAAGAACAAGCAAACAAUUUGCUCUGAAGAAAACGAAAUGGAAGGUGAUACUCUUUUAACUAUCCCUUCAGGAGGAAAGAGCCCUAAUGGUACGGAUGGUUUAUCCAAACCAAAGAAGAGGAAAACAAUAUUUACAACUCCAAAUUUUAAGAAGAUUCAUGAAGCUCAUUUUAAGGAAAUGGAAUCUAUUGACAAGUAUAUUGACCGAAAAAAGAAGCGUAUGGAAGUCCUUAACAACUCAGUGAAGGAACUAAAGAUAUUAGCUAAAAAAGCUAAACUAACUGGAACUCCCCACAGUAAUUCCAAGAAAAGAUCAGCUAGCAUGAGGGUGAUAAGCCCUGUUCCUCAGAGAGGCAGGCCCUCUUCUACGCACACUCCUGUCAGCCCCCGACGUUCACUUCGUGCAUCUCUUGGGACUGCGAAUCGAAGUAUCUUGUGUCAGAAACUGUUCAAGCCAUCUGCCCUCUCAACUAACAAAAUGAAUGUCAGGUUCUCAGAGGCUACUAAAGAUAAUGAGCAUAAACGCUCACUGACCAAGACUCCAGCCAGAAAGUCUCCAUAUCUGAGCAUGCUUGACACCCAGCCUAAAUGCCAGGCUAUCCUUGUGAAGAAUAAGGAAAAGGAAGCCUGUCAAGCCAAGGCUGAACAGACUGCAGCUGUUACCCCAUUCAAGUUUACAGCUGAGGCAGCACAGACUCCAGUCAGUAAUAAGAAACCAAUAUUUGAUCUCAAAGCAAGUCUUUCCCGUCCACUUCGAUAUGAACCACACAAAGGGAGGCUAAAACCAUGGGGGGAAUCUAAAGAAAAUAUGGCUCUGAAUGAAACAAAUAGAAUUGAUUUCCACAAAAAAACUUACAAACAGCCACAUCUCCAGACCAGAGAAGAGCAACGGAGGAAACAUGAGCAGAAAAGAAAAGAGAAAAAAGACUGUGUCCUUGGAACUCGAAGAGGACUAGUCAUGCUUGGGGACUAAUGAUGUGCCAAGCACUUUGUAGAUAUUCUUAAUUGUUAAUCUUUUAUGCUUCUGUAAAUAUUUCUAUAUUUGUUGGUCGUUGUAAAUUUCAUCCUGCCUGUCCUAACUCUGUUCUUACCCCCUGCUUGUAUAAUUGAUGGAUCUUUGGAGCUAUCAUAUUAACCUGCUACUAACCGCCAUGAUUGAAAUAGUCAUAAUAUCAGCUUACAAAUGUUUCAUUUAUAAACUUUGACAAAUUAUCUAAAAUGGUCUUUCCCUAACUGUUUAAUAAAGGACAGCCUCUCAAUCCUCAAACUAGAUUAUUAAUGUCAUGUAUUCUCUUCUAGUCCUAUGGCUUCAAAUAACUUGCAAGCAUAACCUUUUUCACAUUUUAAAUGAAGUGAAAAAAGGAGAAGGCAGAAUAGAAGACUCCUCUAAACCCCUAGAGAACUUACCAAUGAAAAAUACUGAACCCUAACUGAGUAAGCAUCAAUAUAAAAAAGUCAAGCUUCAAUGUUUUCUUAGGCUUUUCCUUAGAUAACUGUUCUCUAUAAAUACAUAUUCAUUGCUAAUUUGUUAUUAGAUGCCAUAGUUCACAUUUAUGCCCUGAAUGCUUUCAAGACUAAAGCAAAAGGAUCAUGCUUAGAAGAGUCUUUAGGGUCUUUGGGGGGCAGCUAGGUGGUGCAGUGGAUAAAGCACCAGCCCUGGAUUUAGGAGGACCUGAGUUCAAAUAUGGCCUCAGACACUUGACACUUACUAACUGUGUGACCCCGGGCAAGUCUCUUAACCCUCAUUGCCCCUCCAAAAAGAAAGAGUCUUUAAUGCUUAUAUUAUUUCUUUAAGUUAGUCUUCAAGAUUAUUGUGCUCUGUCAUCUAUUUUCUUAUUCAAAGGAUAUAAAAAACUGCGGAUGUUUAGAAUUAUAGCCAUCUCUAUUGACUUUCAGAAUUUUACAUUUGGCACAGUCUCUGUCAGAUUAAAUACUGUACGUACCUAAGUUAACUUGCUACAAGUUUUCUACUGCUUUGUAAGAUUUUUAUAAGUAAAAUUAAAACUGAAAAUUCAAUUUCUCCUGACCUAUACUCUGUUUUGUACUACUACUAAUAACAAUACUUGUACUACUACUAAUA